UGUUUUUCAUGUUCGGUGGAUUUCGAGAGGGACGACGAGGCCGAAUUUUGUUACACAUUGUGCAGUUUUGAGAUUAUCUGUAGUUGUUUGUUCUUGUUGUUUGGGUCUUUUCAACAUUCGUGAUGUCCGCAGAACCCAGGUCGGAGCUCUUUACGGGAUGGGGUUACAUCCCUGAGAAGGUGAAGAAAGCACAGAAGAAGAUUGAGAUGUACAAAUUUGACACGGAUGCAUGGAGUAUCCUUCUCAGAGAAGCGCAGAGCCAGCCUGUGGACAAAGCCCGCCCUCUCUACGAACUACUGAUAGCGUCAUUCAGCAACUCGGGACGAUACUGGAAGAUGUACAUUGAACAAGAGAUAAAAAGCAAGAACUAUGAAAAAGUUGAGAAGUUGUUCCAGCGAUGCUUGAUGAAGGUUCUUAACAUUGAUCUCUGGAAGUGCUACCUCUCCUACGUGAAGGAGACGAAAGGGGGUCUUUCUUCGUAUCGAGAAAAGAUGGCCCAGGCGUACGACUUUGCUUUGGACAAGAUGGGCAUGGACAUCUUCUCUUAUCAGAUCUGGUCGGACUAUGUCACAUACCUUAAGGGAGCUGAGGCUAAGGGGUCAUACGCAGAGAAUCAGAGGAUUACAGCAGUGCGUAGAGUAUACCAACGAGGUGUCGUUAACCCCAUGGUCAACAUUGAAAUCUUCUGGAAAGAUUACUGUACUUAUGAAAAUGGAAUAAAUCCAAUUAUUGCAAAGAAAAUGAUUGACGACAGGAGUCGUAGCUACAUGAAUGCCAGACGAGUCGCAAAGGAAUACGAAUCUGUCACUAAAGGUUUGAAUCGUAACACUCCAGCUGUUCCACCCACUGGAGCGCUGGAGGAAACCAAGCAAGUAGAACUAUGGAAGAAGUACAUUAACUGGGAGAAGACAAAUCCAACUAGAACAGAAGACCAGACGCUCAUGACAAAGAGAGUUAUGUUCGCAUAUGAGCAAUGCCUGUUGUGUCUCGGUCACCAUCCUGAUGUAUGGUAUGAGGCUGCCCUCUAUCUGGAGAACUCCAGCAAGUCGUUUGCCGAAAAAGGAGAUAUGAACAAUGCUAAAGUAUUCAGCGACGAAGCAGCAGCUAUUUAUGAGAGAGCUAUUCAAACACUCAUGAAGAAGAGCAUGCUCAUCUACUUCGCCUACGCAGACUUUGAAGAGGGGCGGAUGAAAUAUGAGAAAGUGCACAAUAUCUACAAGCGUUUUGUUGCUAUUGAUGACAUUGACCCCACAUUGGUCUUUAUCCAGUACAUGAAGUUCACAAGGCGCGCAGAAGGCAUAAAGGCAGCGAGGGGGAUCUUUAAGAAGGCCAGAGAAGACACACGAACACGCUACCAUGUCUUCAUCACAGCAGCUCUCAUGGAAUACUACUGUAGCAAGGACCAACAGGUAGCCUUCAAGAUCUUUGAAUUGGGUCUGAAGAAAUAUGGCGACAUUCCAGAAUAUAUUCUUGCCUACGUUGAUUACUUAUCGCAUCUCAAUGAGGAUAACAACACGAGAGUGCUUUUUGAAAGAGUGUUGACGUCUGGUUCGUUGGCUGUUGAGAAAUCAGGGGAAAUUUGGUUACGGUUUGAAGAUUUUGAGGCCAAUUGUGGAGAUCUUACAAGCAUCAUCAAGGUGGAGAAAAGGCGCUUAGCUCUCUUCAAAGAGGAGUUCAAAGAUCGUGAAACCAGCCUUCUUGUUGACCGUUAUCGAUACCUUGACCUUUACCCUUGUUCACAAGCAGAACUGAAGUCCAUCGGAUACAAGGACCUGACCCACAAACACACCGUUCAGCAGGUGCUCUUUAAUCCCUCGUCCCAGAAGGAUUCGGGGCUAUCCUCAGACAAGAAAGAAGAAGACAAAUCGGACUCUAAGGUGACAGAGUUUCCCCGACCUGACCUGAGUCAGAUGUUACCGUUCACACCACGGUCACAAGCACCGCCUGGUUCCCAUCCUGUUCCGGGCGGUGUGUUCCCGUUGCCAAUGGCAGCAGCUCAUGUAGUGACUCGGUUACCACCUCCAGGUUGCUUUCAGGGUCCAUUCGUCAAAGUGGACAGCCUAAUGAAGCUCCUUGCAGAAUGUACAAUUCCUGAGCCCAAAGUACUGGAUAUCUCAAUGAAUGGUGAGGUCGAUGAUGACGAAGAAGGGGGUAGCGGAAAGCGCAAGCGCACAGGCGAUAAGAACGAAGAUUCAGAUGAUGACGAAGAAACUCACAGCGCCCCCGCUCAUGACAUUUAUCGCAGCAGACAACAGAAACGGGUUAGGUAGAAAUGAAUUUCAGAAGUUUGUUUAAACAACCCGUGCCCAAUUUCAUAAAGCUGUUUAGCAGAAAAUAUUGCUCAAACAAAUGUCUUUGCUAAGCAAACAAUGAGUCGGGCACCAGUCACAACAAUGUAAACUUAAUCUAGUUGCUGGUAUUCUGUUUUUGCUCAGCAAUAUUUUCCUUGGCUUAGCAGGUUUUUGUGCUUACAGACUUUAUGAAAUUGGGCCUUUGUGCUUGAAAAACUGUUCAUCUUCUCCAUCAGGGUCCCAUUUCAUGGCUCUGGGCCCAAUUUCAGAAAGCCUGUAAGCAAAAUAAUUUGCUUAGCAUAAAAUUUCUUC